GCAGCCAUUGCCACCGCUGGCGCCGGGGUGGGGUGGAAGAAGAGGCCACCAGAAGCCCCCUCCUCCUCCCUCCAUCGCGCUGCUCCAGGCGGACGAGCGCAGGGGAAAGCCCCGGCCUUGGCGCGGCGAAGCUGCAGCCUGCUUUCUAGCAAGCUGGCUGGCUGGCUGGCUGAGGCGGCCCCUCCUGCCGCCGUCCCCUCUUUCUCCUCCCCCUCCGGGCUGCGCGCUGGCGACUGGCUGGCCUCCUGAAGCCCCCGCCGCCGCCGGCUCGACCACCGGAGCGAGAGCAGCGGCAGCAGAGCCGAGAGCUGCCUCGGCUACCUCUCCUCGCCCUGCUUUCCUUCUUAUUUUUCCCUUCUCUCUCUCUCUUUCCCCGCACCCCCCCUUCCUCCGCUCGGUUUUUGCUCGACGGCAUGGCCCGGCGCAGAGCGGGCGCUGCCUUCCCCGGGCUCUGCCUCGGCGUCCUGCUCGGCAGCCUCCUGCCCUUCGCUUCCUCGCAGCAGCAGCCGCCGCCGCCGCCUCCUUCUCCGCCGAGGGGGAGCGUUUGGUGCCCCAGCCGCUGCCUCUGCUUCCGCACCACCGUGCGCUGCAUGCACCUCAUGCUCGAGAGCGUCCCCGCCGUGUCGCCGCAGACCACCAUCCUGGACCUGCGGUUUAAUAGGAUUAAAGAAAUCCAGCCUGGUGCAUUUAGACGGCUUAAGAAUCUUAACACCUUACUUCUGAACAACAAUCACAUUAAAAGAAUACCUACUGGAGCAUUUGAAGACCUUGAAAAUCUAAAAUAUCUCUAUUUGUACAAGAAUGAAAUCCAGUCAAUUGACAGGCAAGCAUUUAAAGGACUUGCCUCUCUAGAACAACUGUACCUGCACUUUAAUCAAAUUGAAACAUUGGAACCAGAAUCAUUUACCCAUCUUCCCAAACUUGAAAGAUUAUUUUUACAUAACAACAGAAUAUCCCAUUUAAUUCCCGGGACAUUUAGUCACUUGGAAUCUAUGAAACGACUGCGUCUGGAUUCAAAUGCACUUCACUGUGACUGUGAAAUACUGUGGCUAGCAGAUUUGCUGAAGACAUAUGCAGAGUCCGGUAAUGCGCAAGCUGCAGCUACUUGUGAAUAUCCAAGGAGAAUCCAGGGAAGAUCAGUGGCCACAAUAACACCAGAAGAACUUAACUGUGAGAGACCAAGAAUUACGUCAGAGCCUCAGGAUGUGGAUGUUACCUCAGGGAAUACCGUUUACUUCACUUGCAGAGCUGAAGGCAAUCCCAAACCAGAAAUUAUUUGGCUUCGAAACAAUAAUGAGCUCAGUAUGAAAACGGAUUCCCGUUUGAACUUGCUCGAUGAUGGCACGCUCAUGAUUCAGAACACUCAAGAGACUGACCAGGGCAUUUACCAGUGCAUGGCCAAAAAUGUGGCAGGAGAAGUGAAAACUCAAGAAGUUACUCUACGCUACUUUGGUUCACCAGCUAGGCCAAGCUUUGUGAUUCACCCCCAAAAUACAGAGGUACUGGUUGGAGAAAGUGUCACCCUGGAAUGCAGCGCAACCGGUCACCCCCAGCCACGGAUCACAUGGACUAAAGGGGACAGAACUCCUCUCCCAGGUGACCCUCGCAUCACCAUAACUCCGUCAGGAGGGCUUUACAUCCAAAACGUGGAGCAGGAAGAUGGUGGAGAAUAUGCCUGUUUCGCAACCAACAGCAUCGAUAGCAUCCAUGCGACUGCAUUCAUCAUUGUUCAAGCCGUACCUCAGUUUACUGUGACUCCUCAAGACAGAAUAGUAAUUGAGGGACAAACUGUUGACUUCCCUUGUGAGGCCCAGGGAUAUCCACAGCCAGUCAUUGCCUGGACUAAAGGAGGAAGCCAACUUUCUGUAGACAGAAGGCACUUAGUCCUAUCAUCCGGAACACUGAGGAUUUCCAGAGUUGCUUUACAUGAUCAAGGCCAGUAUGAAUGUCAAGCUGUUAACAUUGUAGGAUCUCAAAGAGUUGCUGUUCAUCUGACUGUACAGCCUAGAGUAACCCCUGUGUUUGGUAAUGUUCCAAGUGAUAUGACAGUAGUAGUUGGCACAAAUGUGCAGAUUCCAUGCAGUUCUCAAGGAGAGCCUGAGCCAGUAAUAACAUGGAAUAAGGAUGGUGUUCAAGUUACUGAAAGUGGAAAAUUUCACGUUAGCCCUGAGGGAUUUCUUACCAUUCGUGAUGUUGGACCAGCAGAUGAAGGCCGUUACGAAUGUGUUGCAAGGAAUACAAUUGGAUAUUCUUCAGUUAGUAUGGUACUAAGUGUAAACGUUCCUGAUGUCAGUCGAAAUGGAGAUCAGUUUGUAGCAAGCUCAAUUGUUGAAGCAAUUGCUACUGUUGACAGAGCAAUAAACUCAACCCGUACACAUUUGUUUGACAGCCGCCCUCGUUCUCCAAAUGAUCUGCUGGCCUUAUUUCGAUACCCAAGAGAUCCUUACACUGUUGAGCAAGCAAGAGCUGGAGAAAUAUUCGAAAGAACAUUGCAGCUAAUUCAAGAACAUGUGCAAGAUGGUCUGAUGGUUGACCUAAAUGGAACAAGCUAUCACUAUAAUGACCUUGUGUCUCCACAGUAUUUGAAUCUGAUAGCUAACCUCUCAGGCUGCACGGCCCAUAGGCGUGUGAAUAACUGCUCAGAUAUGUGCUAUCACCAGAAAUACAGAACACAUGACGGGACCUGCAAUAACUUGCAGCAUCCGAUGUGGGGGGCCUCCCUGACAGCCUUUGAACGCUUGCUGAAGUCGGUCUACGAAAACGGAUUUAAUUUGCCAAGGGGCAUUGGAGCUAACCGGCGUUAUAAUGGACACACACUCCCAAUGCCACGCUUGGUUUCAACCACGCUGAUCGGGACGGAAACAAUAACCCCUGACGACCAGUUUAGCCAUAUGCUGAUGCAAUGGGGCCAAUUCCUAGACCAUGACCUGGACUCCACCGUUGCUGCUCUGAGUGAAGCCAGGUUUUCUGAUGGCCAGCACUGCAGCUCCGUUUGUACAAACGACCCCCCGUGUUUCUCCAUCAUGGUGCCGCCCAACGACCCUCGAGUCAGGAACGGAGCGCGGUGCAUGUUUUUUGUGCGUUCCAGCCCGGUGUGCGGAAGCGGCAUGACUUCCCUUCUCAUGAAUUCGGUUUACCCACGAGAACAAAUCAACCAGCUGACUUCCUAUAUCGAUGCAUCCAAUGUGUAUGGCAGUUCGGAUCACGAGGCACAAGAAAUCAGAGAUUUGGCAAGCCACAGGGGGCUUCUGAGACAGGGCAUUGUGCAGAGAUCUGGGAAGCCUCUUCUCCCAUUUGCUACCGGCCCACCAACUGAAUGUAUGCGGGAUGAGAAUGAGAGCCCGAUUCCUUGCUUCUUAGCCGGCGACCAUCGCGCCAAUGAACAGCUGGGACUCACCAGCAUGCAUACCUUGUGGUUCAGAGAACACAACAGGAUUGCCACAGAGUUGCUGAAACUCAACCCACACUGGGACGGCGAUACAAUUUAUCACGAAACACGCAAGAUUGUGGGUGCAGAAAUGCAACACAUAACGUACAGCCACUGGCUGCCUAAGAUUUUGGGAGAGGUAGGAUUGAAGAUGCUUGGCGAAUAUAAAGGUUAUGACCCCAAUAUUAAUUCUGGAAUAACUAAUGAAUUUGCAACUGCCGCUUUUAGGUUUGGUCACACACUGAUCAAUCCCAUACUGUAUCGGUUGGAUGAAAACUUUGAGACUAUUCCACAAGGCCACAUACCUCUUCAUAAAGCGUUCUUCUCCCCGUUUCGGAUUGUAAACGAAGGAGGCAUUGACCCGCUUCUAAGGGGUUUAUUUGGUGUCGCUGGUAAGAUGCGUGUAACGUCGCAGUUGCUCAAUACGGAAUUGACAGAGAGGCUUUUCUCCAUGGCUCGGGCAGUAGCAUUAGAUCUGGCCGCAAUGAAUAUUCAAAGAGGUAGAGAUCACGGAGUACCACCUUACCACGAUUUUAGAGUUUACUGUAACCUUUCUUCGGCUCACACGUUUGAAGAUUUGAAAAAUGAAAUCAAGAAUCCUGACAUCAGAGAGAAACUCAGGAGGUUAUAUGGUUCACCACUGAACAUAGAUUUGUUUCCUGCUCUUAUGGUGGAAGAUUUAAUUCCUGGUAGCAGAUUGGGACCAACACUGAUGUGUCUCCUGAGCACACAGUUUAAGCGUCUCCGAGAUGGGGACAGGUUAUGGCAUGAGAAUCCAGGUGUGUUUACUCCAUCUCAGUUGACUCAGAUCAAGCAGGCAUCCCUUGCCAGAAUUCUGUGUGACAAUGGCGACAACAUAACCAGAGUGCAACGUGAUGUUUUCAGAGUGGCUGAGUUCCCACAUGGAUAUGGAAGCUGCGAUGAAAUUCCUAAAGUAGAUCUCAGGAUGUGGCAAGAUUGCUGUGAAGACUGUAGAACUAGAGGACAAUUCAAUGCAUUCUCUUACCACUUUCGAGGAAGACGUUCCCUUGAUUUCAGUUUCCGUGAAGACAAGCCAUCAAAGCACAUGAAAAUGUCAAAAACAAGUUCUGCAAGGGAGAAUAAAUUUUCUAACCUCACCAUCUCAUCCUUUGAUGAGCGCAAGAAAGCACCCGUCAUGAAUGACUUCAAAGAAUUUGUUGGUGACAUGCAAAAAACUAUCACGGACCUCAGAAAACAGAUAAAGAAACUUGAAUCACGGCUCAGUAGAUCUGAAUGCACUGACGAAAAGGGUAAAUCUUAUUCCAGUAACGAAACCUGGAAAAAAGACCCGUGCACCACGUGCGAAUGCAAAGUUGGCCAGAUAACCUGUUACGUGGAAUCGUGUCCACCGAACGAUUGUGCAACACCUGUGAAGCUUAAAGGAGUUUGCUGUCCUGUCUGCUUAAAACAAACUGUUAGCAAGGAAAAUAAGCUCUAAGCCUGCUUUGCAAUGGUCACAAUACAAGUCAUAUGGAUAUCUGCUGAUGGCAAAAUACAGGUAACAUUAGGCAUAAAACCACAACAGGACGUUUGCAGGACAGCAUUCAAAUGAUGGUGUAACAAUGUAAGGAAAUGUAUUAUUUUACAUGCUUGCCCACUGAAAAACCACCGUGUAAAAGAAUUGAAAGGGAAUACACAGGACAGGACAGGAC